CGUAGGCAACUCGAACCACAACAAAGAUGCCACUAAACUUGUUCGGAACAAGCUUUUCUCCGGGGAAAUCACCUCCCAGACGUUCUGUGUCCCUGUCCAGUCUACGGAGGGAGAGUGAUAAAUCAGGCCAAGAUCUCUCGCAGGAAUUCAACAAAAUAAAACUGAAUAUUGGCGGUCAAAAUGCUACGUUCGAGGAUGGAGAAUGGGUGUCAGAGGGAAGUUCAAAAGGUCGUGUCAGUAAUCGGGAAGUGGCACGGCUUCGUCAACAGAACCAAGUGCUCUUGGAAGAAAACAACUUACUUAAGUUAAAGGUGGAACUUCUUCUUGACAUGUUAACAGAAAAGUCAGCAGACACUUUGAUUAAAGAAAAAGAAAUUAUGCGGCUUAAGUCAAGAUCAAAGGAUGGAUGAUUUAUGGAUACCCUGUAUGUUGUUGUUGAUACUGCUCUUUUGGGGGUCAUUGAAGGUUGCUUGUGAAACUUAUUUUAAUAAUGAAAAAAAAAAAAAUCUGGUUGGAAACUGAAGUAAAAUUGGCUAAUACUGUUUUCCAGAGGCAUAAUCAGAAAAAUAGCUGAUAACCUCUUCAGACUUUCCAUUUUCAACAAGUACUUUGAUAUCAUUAGUUUUACAUGCUGCCCGUAUAACUGGUCAAACCGGUAUGUAUUUUAUGCUGUAUUAAAUUUUCAAGUUCAAUGAAAUCUGAGCUUAUUCUCAAGGGUCUCCAUGGCUUAACUAGUUAUAUGUAAUUAUUACCCUUUUAACCAAAGAGAUAUUUUAUGCAUUGCCUUAUGACUAUCCCAACAGAAUAAUAGAGCAGCUAUAGAUUUAAAUUUAUUCUGGUAAAAUUUUCAUAGGACUGACUGUUUAGUUGAAUAUCCUGAUGCAAUGUUAGACUUUUAUUCAUAGCUGCAAAUUACUUUUAUUCAUGACCUUUAAUGUAUGUUUUGCUAGAUAUUUAUUGUACAGCCACAUUUUCUAAAGAGCCGUUAUAUUUAUUUAAUUUAGUAUAACUGUAAGCAAUCACAAGUCUCCCACCUUAGGCAAGAUAUAACACUGGAUUGGUGAACACAACUUAUUCCUCUGUGUGUGUGUAUGUGUGUGUAUGUGGGUGGGUGAGUGUGUGAGUGCAUGCAUGUGUGUGUUUACAUGUGUGUGGAGUGUGCAGUGUAGGUGGGUAUAUAUGUGUUUGUAGGGGUGGGGAGAGCACGUGUGUACGUGCAGGCAUAAGUGCAUGUGUGUAUGCAUGCAUGUAUGUGAGCAUAUGUGCAUUAGCAUUAGUAUGCUUUCAUGAAUGUAUGUGCAUUAGAAAGAGUGUGUGUGUAAGUGUGCAUGUGCAUGCAUGCAUAAAUGCUCAUAUGUAUGCAUGUGCAUGAUAAAAUAAGUGAGUGAAUGCUUUUUAUGAAGCUUAGUGUGAGUGUAAGGUGUAAAUAUUUGUGUAUACAAAUAUUCAGACAUACUGCUCAUUCACAGUUUUCAUAGUAAUAUCAUACUUAGCUAUUGAUGACUUAAAACCUAUAAAUGACUUUUUAACCCCUUGCCGACGGAUACGACGGGUAGACACGUGCUUUGCCCACUGUUAGUACUUGUUUGAUUGUUUAUACUCAUAGAUGGCUAUACUUGUACUAAGUCACCAAUGAGCCAGUUAGGAG